CAGCGCCACCAUUCUGCAGAUGUCGGGAGUACAGGAUGACAAGUUGGCCAUCUGGUUAGUGACUGUAACGGCGUUCACAAAUUUCCUGUUCACUCUGCUGGGCGUUUGGUUGGUUGAAAGGGUGGGCAGACGCAGACUUACGUUGGGAAGCAUCUUCGGUACUGUUUUGAGUCUUUGUAUCCUGUCUGUUGGCUUCCUCCUGUCAGCCCAGCAUUCUCCUCCUGUUACGCUACAUCUUACAGACCCCACAACACCCAACUCCAGCUGCACAACACAUCUGUCAUGCGAGCCCUGUAUGUUGGACCCUAGCUGUGGUUACUGUUAUCAGGAAAACAGCACUGCUGUGUUUGACUCCUCCUGUGUGCCCGUCAAUCCGGCUUCCACUGAGAGAGCAGCGUGGGGCAAGUGCUCCAACUCCACACAUCUGCCAGAUAGUGUUAUAUGGGCUUAUAAUUUUUGCCCAACAUCUUAUUCAUGGGUUGUGCUCCUGGGGCUAGUGCUCUAUCUCGCAUUUUUUGCCCCAGGAAUGGGACCAAUGCCAUGGACAGUUAAUUCUGAAAUCUACCCUCUUUGGGCCAGAAGCACAGGCAAUGCUUGUUCGGCUGGGGUGAACUGGACCUUCAAUGUCCUGGUGUCUCUAACGUUCCUCCACAUGGCCCAGUACCUGACUUACUAUGGUGUAUUUUUCCUGUAUUCCAGUUUGGCUCUAACUGGUUUCUUUUUCAUUUAUGGCUGCCUGCCUGAGACUAAGGGACAGCGGCUAGAAGAGAUUGAGUCCUUGUUUGAAAACCGGCUCUGCUCAUGCGGGAUCUCGGAUUCUGAUGAGGAUCGGCAAGUGGAAUACAUCCGGGUGAAAGGGUCAAACUACCACCUAUCGGACAAUGACGCGUCAGAUGUCGAAUAAUUCGCGUGAAACCUCUGGGUUGGUAAACAGGAAUAAGAAGGUAUCGAUUGAGCCUCAUUCAACCCUGACGUCAGGUCCGCCCACUGUAUCGGUCAGGUUGAGCCUCUCUUCACCGCGACGGCAAGAACAGGGUUGUAGAGCACACACAAAAAAAAUAUGCAGUGCCAAGUCAGCUUUUAUAAUAUCGUCAGUAUGUUUUUGAGUCACGGUGCAUGCAGAUCUACUGGCUCGUUCCUCCACUGUCAGAGGAAUAUCCUCUGCUUAUUUAUGUGAAAUGAGAUAUUAGCAGUAAAUUCAGUAAUACAUAUGCAGAAGGAUAUAAUUUUUUUCUUAAUGUCAUGUCUAAGUGUGAACUCAAUGCUCAUACUCAAAUUUUAUAUUUGAAAAUAACACUUAUACACACAAAGAAAAAUAUAAGCUACGCUACCCGUCAAAAGUUUGGACACAUCUACUCAUCAUUUAAUAGUAUUUUUCACAGUGAAGUCAUCAAAAUAUGAAAUAACAUUCAUGGAAGUGUGAGAAUUAUUUAGAGAUCAAAAAUAUUUAACAAAUCCAUUUUUUCCCCCCAAAUAGCCACCCACUGCCGGUAGUACAGCUCUGCACGUUCUUGGCAUUCAAGUGUGUCUAAAUUUUUCAUUAGUAGUCUACAAAUAAUCCAAACCAACUGCUUUAAGUGAUAUCUCCCUAAAUGUCAACUCCCUAUAUAUUAACAAAAAAACAAACUGAAGCGAAUAAACGUUAUUUUCAUGUCCCUCUGGCCUCCUCAUUAAAAUCUUCAAGGCUUUGAAAAUGUGUAGCAUAUCACAUUGCUUGUUUGCAAUAUGCGAUCCGCCUUUCACUGUCUAGUUUUUGAAGUACAGUAGUUUAUUUUGUCAUUUGAACCUUCAUGUUUGUAGAAUUAAAGAUUAUUGACACAAAAUGUCAUAUGUAGCUUUCUGCAGUUCCCUGUGAUAGUGUAGCGUGGCCUUAUAAAAUAUUUCAUCAUUUUGACUUAUGUUUUGACAGUUGUUGUCAUUAUUGUGUUGUUAAGACUCAUUUCUUUGAAAAUUAGUAUAAUUUACUUUUAAAAGUAAUUUAAAUGUUUACAUUUUAAAUUGUAUUAUAAUUUUAAUUUGUCUUCCUUAUUGCCUAGUGUACAAACGUCAUUGCAUUGGUCUUGUCCAUGGAACAGUGUAGGAUAACCGUUUUGACAAGUACAUUAUAAUAUCCAAUAUUCCGUUGUGCUACUUUGUAAUAAGACAAAUACACAUCAAGGUGUGCCCAACCGACCUGAAAAUCUCUAUGUUGUGGUUGUAGCUUUAUCGAAAGCAAGUUGAUGGCUCUUGUGAAAGCAACCAAUAAUGUCGACUCAAUUUCCUGUUUAAAGGUUUCACCCUGUUUAGUGAUAAAUAAUUGUGCGCAUCAGGCCUUAUGUAUUGCGUGUUUUAUUUAUAGACAUGAUUAUGUGUAAUUUGACAUUUUCCACUGGACAAAACUUAAUUUGGUUGAGAAAAUGAAAAAUUCAAUUGGCACAAUGUUUGGCAUUAUAUCAAUUUAGAUUUUAAAGGAAUAGUUCACCCACAAAUGGACCUUUGUCAUCGUUUACUCACCAUUGAAUCG